GUUAUAUUAUAAAUAAUACCGUUAAGUUGGAACAAAAAUGUGUUGUGUUUCGAGUAACCUAUAGGAAAGGCUUGAACUAUAACUAUAAGCAUAAUUUUAUGAAGAACUGAAUGCGUCAAGUUAACUGAAUAUUCAUUUAUUUAAUUCAAAAUUAUAUUCCAUUUGUAUUCCUAUAAUUUCAAUACGCAUUAAAACCCGACCAUUUUAUGAUUUGUAUGCAUAUCCUCCUCAAAUCUUUAAAACCAAACUGUAACUACUUAAACAUUUAGGGAGCAUCGCCAAGGCCAUUGUGUUUCUGGAAAACCUGUUGUUACAGAAUGAGGGACAGAAGCUAACGAUGGCAGGCAGGAAACUUUCGACGAAACAGUCCCGUGGUAGAGUCAGGCCGUGGCGUUGUUCCGCGACAACGUCUUUCUCGUUUGCCUGAGUGGUGAGCAUCUGUUUAACUUUACACCAUGGCGAACCAAAGUCAUUAUGCCAAACUGCCUACGGCCGCUGUCUCCAGAAGAGGACCCCAGCAGUGCCUCAGUUCCUACGGAAAUUUCUCGAACUUUCUGGACGUAUUUCGCCUUCCCAUGUUCUCCAACCCACGGAUAAGGAAAUACUGCGUAAAGCUGGUACUUAUAUGCGUUCUUUGUACGGUACUGAUAACAAGCUUUUGUUCUGAGAUCUUAAAUCUAAGAAAUCCCGGCAUUUACUUGAAUAGGUUGGUGGCAACGAGCAAUAAGAGAAAUACCCGUACCUACCAGUUAACAACGCAGUUUAAGUUAGAUCUAUUAAAAGGAGAUUUGACUAUGCUCGAAAACUCCGGCAACGCUCAUAAUGAAAGCAACAAAGAAGAGCGCAGAUUACCGUCGUGCAUCAUUUUUGGGGUGUCAAAAUGCGGCACGCGUGCCGUCCUCGAGUAUCUCAAGCUACAUCCGGACAUUGUGGCGCCCAACGUCGAAAUCAACUACUUUAACAACAAAAGUCUGCAGGCGAGGGGUCUGUCCUGGUACCUUCAACAGAUGCCGUACUCCAGACCUGGCCAGAUCACCGCGGAGAAGAGCCCGGAUUAUUUCCAGCACCACGAGUGCGCUAAGAUGAUCUACGGGUGCAACAGGGACACCAAGCUCCUGCUGCUCCUCCGCGAUCCGGUGGUCCGCCUGGUGUCCCAGUACAUGCAGCUCGUCGACAAACGACCCACACUCCCGGCGUUCGAGGAUUGGGUGAUCAACAACCGGACACGGGAGAUCAACAUGGACAUCCCGUCGGUAGCGGUCAGCGUGUAUUCCCGACACCUCUCCCACUGGCUCAAGGUGUUCCCGAGGAGGCAGUUUCACAUUAUCGAGAGCGAGAGUCUCAAGAAGAGCCCUCUGCAGGAAAUGACGCAGGUGGAGCGGUUUCUGCACCUGCGGCCGUUUUACUCGUCUGAAGACUUUUACUUCAACAGCAGCCGCGGCUUCUACUGUGUGAGGAUGCGCGCCACGGGGAAGACCAAGUGUAUGGGGAAGUCGAAGGGACGGGAGCACAUAGCGGUGAAGAAGGAAGUUGUGGAGCAGCUGUACCGGUUUUAUCAACCUUACAACAAGGAACUCAAUGAUUUGUUGAAUAUGAAAUUCUCUUGGUCUUAAAAGUUACAGCGUGAUCACAUUAAUUUAAAGAAAAAAAAAUCAUUAUUAAGAACAAGUUUCAGCUGCGCUAUCUCAGUGACAUCACGUAUGUCUAGUGACAACGAUGAGAGGUUUGGGACCCUUUAAAUGCAAUAAUUCUAGUAUUUAACACAAUUGUUUAAUUUCCAACCCUAACCCCCA